CUCAGCAGUAAUAUAACAUGUUAUCUCCGUGCUUGACUCAGCUGGGUAGUCACACAGGGUUCAAUAAGACGCAAGGUUUUAGUUACCCUUACAAUCAACCAUCAACAUCAACUACCACCAUUGUCCUCCCCCAUCAUGGAUCACAAUUCUCUUACAAUGUGAUGGCAUCAAGGGAUAGUGAAGACACAGGCAGUGGUUCUGGUGCUUCAGGUUUGGUCCAUCAUCAACACCAAAACUCUCAGACUUCUAGUAUGACAGCUGCAGUUGGAGCUGCAGGAGGAGGAGCAGGAUCAGGAGGGAUGCCUGUUGGCGGAGCAGUUGCUGCAGGCAGCUCUCAAGCAGCAGGGGCAGGAGAAGCAGCUGGGAGAGUUAGCAAUGUACAGCGUAUCCAGCAAAAGAAAGCACAAGUGAGAGCUUGGCCCCGGGACAAGAAGCUGGAGAAGCUGGCCAUAUAUUCUUCAUGUAGGGCUGAUGAAAACUGCAGGUGUAAUGGGUGGAAGAAUCCAACACCACCAGCACACCCUGCACGGCCAGACACACCCCAGCCUGCUGCACCUCCGUCUCAGCCGUGUCGCAGCUGCACACAUACCUUAGGUGACCAUGUAAGUCACCUUGAAUCUGCUGGAGAUGAUGAUUUGGAUCGCUUACUCUCCAUCGUUGUUGACGUGGAGAAUCUCUUCAUUUGUGUUCACCGAGAGGAGGAUCCAGAUACCAAGCAGGUGUAUUCUUAUCUCUUCCGCCGUCUUCGAAAAUGCAUUUUGCAAGUCAGUCCCCCAACGGUAGAAGGACCCCUGGGCACCCCACCAUUUGAACGACCUUCAAUUUUCAAGGGUGUAACCAACUUCGUUCUCCACAAGUUUAAUCAUCUUCAACAAAAGGACUUCCAGAUGAUGAGUGACUUGGCCAAGAUGUUUCUUCACUGCCUCAAUCACUGGCGUCUAGAAACUCCAUCUGCCAGACGAGCUCACACAACUGUUGAAGAAAGUUCAGCUUAUAAAGUCAAUUAUACAAGGUGGCUGUGUUUUAGCUAUGUCCCACAACUGUGUGACUCACUCCCUCACCAUGAAACUACAACAAUAUUUGGAAGGACUUUCCUGCGUGCUGUUUUCCACACUUUACGAAAGCAAUUGCUUGAUAAAUUUCGAGCUGAGAAAGAUAAAAUGCCCGCUGAGAAGAAGCUGCUGCUUCUUAAUCAUUUUCCCAGAUUCUUGUCAAUGCUUGAAGAAGAAGUUUACUCAAAUACUUCUCCAAUUUGGGAUACUGACUACCGGCCUCAGUUACCUCCACACUUACAUAACCAGGCUGCUGAAAGAGGAAGUACUGCUGCUCGGGGUGAAUUUGAGAGGCUGUCAGUGCAGCCAGGGGAGGGUCAGUACACCACUGUUAGUCUGACUCCUGCUACAAGAAGACAGCGCCUUGAUGACAGAGGAGAGAAGCGAGAAGGAGAUGAUUUGUCAGAGAGCAUGAUCAAUAAGAGAAUAAAAAUAGAGACUGAGGACCUGGGAGAGGAAACAGUGGCCGAGGUUGUUGCUACUAUUACUGACCCGAGGAAGAUGAUUGGUCCAGAAGUUCUUUUCUCAGAGAAUGCUGCUAGAGAUGAGGCUGCCAAGCUAGAGGAACGAAAGGGUAAUAUAGAAUUCCACGUCAUUGGUAACUCCCUCACCCAGAAGGUUUCCAAACAGACAAUGCUGUGGUUGAUUGGUCUUCAGAAUGUAUUUUCUCAUCAGCUUCCACGAAUGCCCAAAGACUAUAUAACACGACUUGUAUUUGAUCCGAAACAUUGUACAUUGGCAUUAAUCAAGGAGAAUCGGCCGAUUGGAGGUAUAUGCUUCCGGAUGUUUGCUGCCCAGGGAUUUACAGAAAUUGUUUUCUGUGCAGUUACAUCCAAUGAGCAAGUGAAAGGUUAUGGUACCCACAUGAUGAAUCACUUGAAAGAUUAUCAUGUCAAGAAUAAUGUGCUUCACUUUCUCACCUUUGCUGAUGAGUUUGCCAUAGGGUACUUCAAGAAACAAGGGUUUAGCAAGGAUAUCCAACUGUCACGCUCUGUCUACCAAGGUUACAUCAAAGAUUAUGAGGGAGCAACACUUAUGGGCUGUGAAUUGAAUCCAAACAUUGUCUACACUGAGUUUACUGCUGUAAUCAGAAGGCAGAAGGAGAUCAUUAAAAAACUGAUAGAGAGGAAACAGAGUGAAAUUCGUAAGGUGCAUCCGGGGCUGACUUGCUUCAGAGAUGGGGUGAGAGAAAUUCCCAUUGAAAGUAUCCCAGGAAUUCGAGAAGCAGGCUGGAAGGGCCCAGCAACUCCCUCCCGUUCCUCCAGAUCUCCUACCCAUGAGCAGCAGCAGGACCCUGAAUGUUUACACAGCAUGCUUAAGACACUUCUCUGCAAUGUCAAGAGUCAUGCUGCUGCCUGGCCGUUUCAAGUUCCUGUCGACCCAAAUGAAGUGCCUGAUUAUUAUGACCAUAUUAAAUAUCCAAUGGACUUGAAGACCAUGACUGAACGCUUGAAAGCUAACUAUUACGUAAAUGCCCGACUCUUCAACGCUGAUAUGUUACGAAUCUUCAAAAACUGUCGCUUUUAUAAUCACCCUGAGACAGAAUAUUAUAAAUGUGCAAAUAACCUUGAAAAAUACUACAUAAACAAAGUGAAAGAACUUGGACUCUUGGAAAACAAAGAGAAGACAUAGAUAAAUGAGAGAAUCCAGUGGUACUGCAGCAUUUGUUCCUUUACCACUUGUGAAAAUAAUAACUAGAUGGAGCAUCUUUUACCUUCAAAAGGGAAUAAUAAUCUUAUCUUGCUUCUUUGAAGCCCCAUAAGAAUAUAAUGUGUUAUUAUAUAUGUAAUGGAUUACACAAAAAUAAGUUUAUUAAUGUAUAUUUAAACUACAAUAAUAAAUUAUCUGUAAUAGAUUAUACUAAAUAAGUUAAAUGUUUUUUGCCUGCACUUUUAAUAAUUUUAAAUGAAGUGUAAUCUUUAAAUAUGGUGAUACAAUCAUGCCAGUAUAGUAACUGUAUCUAGUUAUAGUGAUGAAUGGUUUAUUCUUAGUUGACACAGCACUGCUGUAUAGUGCCCAUUACUAGGGUGGUUCACUGUGCAGCAUUCUUAGACAUUUGCUUAAAGCCUAAAUAGAAAGAUCUGAUAAUUCAUGUUCAUUUGGCAUCUUAAAUUUAAAUAUGGAGAGAGAUUAUUGUACCAUGAGAACAUUUCUCAAUAAAAGUAAUUUAUAUUG